UAGGCCUUGGCAUUUUCUUGCCAGUUUCCACUGUCAAGACUUGGUCCAGUCCUUGACGCGUUCGAAAUUUCGAAUGCUUUUCUUCCUCUCUCUACGACUAUAAAUCUCUCUCUCUCUCUCUCUCUCUCUCUCUCUCUCUCUCUAUAUCCAUAUCUCAAAACAAGAUAUUCUUUGGAUUGCAUUUUGUCCUACGUUUCUGCAAUUAUUUUCUCCACAAUAUCAGGAAUUUUAACUGAUUAUUCAUCCGUUGCCUGAUCAGUCUGCAUUUUACUUUUUUAGAGAAUGUUUGGUUUGAAAAAAUCUCCCUUGAAGAUUGGCAAGCAUAGCAAGGUUGACCCUGAAUAUACUGAUCCUCCUCGUUCUAACCCUUUUGAUUCUGAUGACGAGUUGGACAAUAAGCAAACCCUUAAACCUCCAAGGAAAACUUCUUCAGAACCCAAUCUGACUGCACCAAAUGUUAGUUCCAAUCCUUUUGAUGAUGAUGAGGAAAGAGGGACAUCUUCUUCAUCUUUGUAUCCCCUCACUUCAGCAGCUUCAGCAGCCAGAAAUAAGUACAAGAAUGAUUUCCGUGACUCAGGAGGACUAGAGAACCAAUCAGUGCAAGAAUUGGAGAACUAUGCUGUAUACAAGGCUGAGGAGACUACAAAGGCUGUCAAUGGCUGCCUGAAGAUUGCUGAGGAAAUCAGAGAGGAUGCUACCAAAACUUUGAUCACCUUGCAUCAGCAGGGGGAGCAAAUUACCAGGACCCAUAAUGUAGCGGUUGAGAUGGAUCAUGAUCUUAGUCGGGGAGAGAAGCUUCUAGGAAAUCUUGGGGGCAUGUUCUCUAGGACUUGGAAGCCAAAGAAGACCCGUCCAAUUACUGGCCCUGUUAUCACAAGAGAUGAUUAUCCCAAAACAAGAGGUAGCCACAUGGAGCAGAGGGAGAAGUUGGGAUUGAAUCCUGCACCCAAGGGAUGGUCAAACACUCCAACACCCUUGUCUGAACCUACCGAUGCACUCCAGAAAGUUGAGGUGGAAAAAGCAAAGCAAGACGACUCACUCUCAGAUUUGAGUAAUCUAUUGGGAGAGCUGAAGGAUAUGGCUGUCGACAUGGGGACUGAAAUUGAGAGGCAAACCAAAGCUAUGGAUCAUUUCCAGGAUGAUGUGGAUGAACUAAAUUUCCGUGUUAAAGGUGCAAAUCAACGUGGCCGUCGUUUGCUGGGAAAGUAGAGUGCAUGUCUUAAAGUUUGAUUCAAUAAUGAUCUACUGAUAUUCCACAAAAACACCACCUCCCCAACCCUGCCACACCAACAACCCCGCGCCCACAACCCCACACACCCACACCCCACCCCCACCCCCCCCUUUUCCUUUCUCUCUGUUAUUCAUCUGCAUGUAUGGAUUUGGAUUCGGAUUUUCUUCCAUGGAUGUUGGAUUUUUUUUUUUCUUUGUUCCACCAUAAGAUUCAUACAAGAUUGGAAUUUUGAGGCUCAUUUGCCCUAAA